CACGCACACAAUACAAUUCACAUACACAGUGAAAUUUUCUAUCAGGGCGUCAAACAAUUUUAUUACAAAUAAAACGUUAAUCUUUAUAGUAUGAUACAGUGAAAAACAAAUAUUUCGCAAUGAUAUUUUGACAUUUAAUCUACAAGUACAUGUGUAUUUACAAUGAUUGUUAUAAAGUUGCAAAAUAACUUCGAACAUAAUUCAUUGACAUCAUUGCUUCGUGCCGAUUUAUUAGCGUUACCUUAUAUGUUGCUGAGCGAGCGAAAGAAGUCGAUUUUAUAGAAUUAAAUGUGUUUUAUCAUUUACUACGACAAAGUGAUACAGUGUCCAAUGCUAACCAGUUUAAUUACCAUUGCCGUUUUAAAAGUUAACGCACCGAUAUGUGCUUGUAGAAAAUAAUGAAAAAAGCUUUAAAAAAGAAAAAAUUCUCUAAGAAAUCUCGGUAUAACUGUGAAGAAUUACUUUUUUCCUAAUGUUUUAAUAAAUAUUAUUUACGAAAGUUAGAAGUUCUCUGUUUGUCAAGUUAUCAGGAACACCUGUGAAAAUCGGAGUGGAAGCAGUGCAACGUAUCAUGAAUGUGGUCAGCAUAGCGGAGAGGCGGUGUCGGGAAGGUGGUUGACACGCCUUCAAAUCUUUGAGAUGAUCGAAAGUGUGUCACGCAGAGCGUUGAGUGGCUCCAGUGGGAGCUACCACGUUCGUGGUGCUGAAUUAGCAAGAAAUCGUAGAUUAAAAUCUUUAUCUGCAACUGUUGUUUUCCUUGAUGAUACUCAACACACAUUUCAGUUAGAUAAAAGAGCAAAAGGUCAAGCAUUAUUGGAUUUGGUAUUUCAACACUUGGAACUUGUUGAGAAAGAUUAUUUUGGUUUACAAUAUGCAGAAAAUGGAGCUACAACAUGUACAUAUUCACCUGACAUAAUGAGGUGGCUAGAUCCGAGUAAGCCAGUUAAAAAGCAGAUAAGAAGUAAGGGUGGGCAGUUUUAUUUUAGAGUAAAGUUUUAUGUAUCUGAUCCCAGUAAAUUACAAGAAGAAUAUACUAGAUAUCAAUUUUACUUACAAAUACGGAGAGAUAUUCUUCAAGGAAAGCUUCAGUUACCACCAAGUACAGCGUGUCUUAUUGCUAGUUAUACUGUUCAAUCUGAGUUGGGUGAUUAUCAUCCGGAAGAACAUGGUCCAGGAUAUCUUUCUAGAUUACAGUUAAUACCAGGACAGACUGAGGAAAUGGAAAAAAAGAUAGCUGAAUUACAUAAACUUCAUAAGGGUCAAUUACCAGCUGAUGCAGAAUUCAAUUUUUUAGAUCAUGCAAAAAGGUUAGACAUGUAUGGGGUCGAAUUACAUAAAGCUAGGGAUUCAACAAAUAAAGAAAUACAAUUGGGUGUAACAUCUAUAGGGUUAGUAGUAUUUCAAAAUGGAAUAAAAAUCAAUGUAUUUUCAUGGUCAAAAAUAGUUAAAAUCUCUUUCAAACGGAAACAGUUUUUUAUUCAACUCAGAAGAGAACAGUCAGAAAAUUAUGACACGUUACUUGGUUUUAACAUGCAAACAUAUCGAAGUUCAAAGAACUUGUGGAAAGCAUGUGUGGAGCAUCACACAUUUUUUAGGCUUCACAGUCCUAAAACGAGGCCAAGACGUUUUCCACUUACUUUAAGUAGUAGAUUUACUUAUUCAGGGCGUACUGAAUUUCAAACAGUUGAAGAUGGAAAGCAUAGAGCAAGAGUGGAAAGAACAUUUAUUAGAUCUCCCAGCAAAAGAUUAGUACAUGGAGUGACAUCAGCUUCGAUUAUCGAAGAGAAAGGAAAACUAUCUGUUCCUCCUGGGAGACCUCCUAGGCCAUAUGACAACAAAGUUCAAUCUCUUGGUGCUCGUGAACCUCGUCAAGCGUGGGGCGAAGGGAAUCCCAGUGACGAUGAGGGUGGCUUUCUGUCUCUUCGAGAAGAAAUAACAGGCUCGCAUACACAAGGCAACGCGUUUUCGCCCGUAUUAGGUUCUAGAGUAUUAAGUUAUGCGGAUGAUGAUACAACGGCUGAAAGAAAUAUUUAUGAUCUACCUGACUACAGUGAGCCUACAAGUUCACCUGCUCCUCAGAUAGUGGAAGAUGGAUUAGUAACAAUAUCAUUGACGCCAGAUGAACAGGGUCGAUUUGGAUUUAAUGUAAAAGGUGGUUUAGAUCUUGAUAUGCCUAUUUUAGUAUCGAGAGUAGCCCCAAAUACGCCUGCUGACCGUUGUUAUCCAAAAUUAAACGAAGGAGAUCAGGUAGUAUACAUCAAUGGAAUUGAUGUGAGUGGAUUGUUACAUGAACACGUCGUAAACCUAAUUCGUCAGUCUCGUGAUUCGGGAUCAGGUGAACUGACGUUAACUGUUAGGCCAAAUGCUUUGUACAAUGCUCUAGCCGGUACUGAUGAAACAUCCGAAGAAGAACCUCCAUAUAGAUACGUUCCGGAUGCACCUCACGCAGCUAUUGGAUCAGACGCAUUAGCACAAUCAAUGUUACUUCUUGCUGAUGGUUUGGCAAGUGGUGCUCUUAUUGCACAAUAUGAGCAGUUGUACAGAAAAAAUCCUGAACUUACCUCUCUCGAAUCUAAGAAGCCUGAAAACCAGAGUAAAAAUCGUUAUCGAGAUAUCUCACCAUACGAUGUUACUCGAGUGAUACUUAUGGGUUCUGCGAGUGGAGAUUACAUCAAUGCUAAUUAUGUGAACAUGGAGAUACCAGGAUCGGGUAUUAUCAACAGAUACAUUGCCACUCAAGGACCUCUGUCUUCAACUGUCGCUGACUUUUGGCAGAUGGUUUUAGAAGCAGGCAGCACUCUUGUUGUAAUGCUUACGACUCUAGUAGACCGUGGCAGAGCAAAAUGCCAUCAGUAUUGGCCUGCUCUAAACGAGACUCUCACGUUGCGAAACCUCACGCUAACAUCCACUGCCGAGAAUGUUGAAGACACUUUUAUAUUUCGAGAAUUCAUACUUCGUGAUAUUAAUACUGGAGAGGAAAGAGACAUAACGCAUAUGCAGUACUGCAGUUGGCCAGAUCACGGUGUUCCUAGUGAUUGGCGACAGUUUACGACGUUUACUGAAAGAGUACGGGCAGCUCGAACAGGAAUAGUGGAACCUGCUGUUGUUCAUUGUUCUGCUGGGAUAGGCAGGACGGGUGUUUUAGUCUUAAUGGAAACAGCACUGUGUCUUAUUGAAGCCAAUCAACCAGUGUAUCCGCUGGAUAUUGUGCGAUCUAUGAGAGAUCAAAGAGCAAUGAUGAUACAAAAUGCUAGUCAGUAUAGAUUCGUGUGUGAAGCAGUUCACAAAGCUUACAGCGAAGGAAUAGCUAAACCACUUCCAGAAUUUAGCAGGUGAAAAUAACGUAAAGUUGAGAAGCAUUGUAUUUACCAUUUUUCUUACAUUUUGCUAAAAGCAUCACAUCAUUAGGAGAUAAUUUUAUACUCUGACAAUAAUAUACAUAUAUAUUAUUGACUAAUAGAAAAGAUAUAUACUAUUUAAAAUAGAUAUUUUCCGUCUAAAAACUUCAUUAACAAAAAGAUCUAACUUUUCGCGCCUUUGAGUUCGUUUGUUUUUAUUUAUACAUGAACAUUUGUACAUAACGAAAUUUCGAUAAAGUAAGUUUACUAAUUUAUAUUUAAGCUAAAAAUAUAAGCGUCGAAGUAUUAUUUAAAGUAAUUACGUACUAUGACUUUGUUCUUAUUAUUAUUAUCAUCGUUAAUUUUCACUUUCGUAUAUUAGAUAAAAAGCAGAGGUACGGAAAGUUAAAUUUCAAACGAUAUUAAUAACGUCCUUUUAGAUUGUGAAAAUCAAUUCCUUCCAUUAAAUACAAUUGUCAUUUAAUCUCAUUUUAAGAGAUUUAAUUUUUGUAUUACUACUCGUAAGAGUGAUCGUGAUACAAAUGAAAUCAUUUUGAGAACUAAACGAGGCAAAUUAGACAUUAUAAAUUUUGAUUGAUGCGUUAGCAAGACAUUUAGAAAUAUGAAAGGUGCCAAUUUAAAACUAAUGCCUUGGAGAAAACCAAAAUAAAACGUUAAAAAUAUAAAUUAGCACAAAACUAAAGAAAAAGGCCGAAUCUAUAGUCAAUCUAUUAAAGUAAGCUAAAGAAUGUGAUUAAAUAAAACAAUUUUCAGAACAUUAAAUAUUUUGAAAAGUUUUUAAGAUAAUUACUCGUAAACUCUGCUCUCUUUCAAACCGAUAACAAGUAAUGCAUCUAACAAUUCGUCCCUAGUUUAACUUGUAAUUAUAAAUACUAUUCUACUUGUAGUAGUUGUAAUUUCUAAUAUCGUUUAUACAAUGUACAGUUUAGCCUCUAUUCAAAACAAUAGCGUAUACUACCGAAAUAUCAAAAUUUAUUAGAAGAAAGCAAGUUUAAUAAAUAUAUGGUAAAGAAAACUGUUUAAGGUGAUAUUAUAAUGCAGUGGUAUUUUAAUAUUACUUUAAGUUAAAAUUAUUUUAAAACAAAAUCAAUAUAAGUUAGUAAUUUCAAUGAAUUUAACAUUAUUAUUUUAGUAAUUUAUUUACAGUAUAAUCAAAAUAAAGGAAAGCUACUUUCAUUGCAAUAACUUGAUUGCAAAGGGUCAUUGUAUUAUUGUGUAAUACUUUGCGUGAUAACUAAAAAUUGAGUAAAUUUCUAACGCAUAUCAUACCAGUAAGCAGGAUAGUAAAAAUGCAACCUGAUUUUAAUAUUCUCUACUUUACUAAUAAUAUUUAUCUACGUUAUUGACAAUAGUGCCUUCUAUAUGUACAUCUAAAUAACUACAAUGCUAGAAUACUUAUUCAUAACAACUGUUAUACUAUACAGUUUCACUCUAUACAGUUUUCUUUACAGUUUUGUUCUCGACUAAUACUAUUGCGUUUAUUCAUUGUGUAUAUUUUUUUGUAUAAUUGUCCAUAAUUUUUUUUAUAAUUUAUCUGGCAGCAGUUAUGUAAAUACAUCUUCAUAUGUUUUACUCAACUUCUGUUUCAUGAUCCAUGAUUUCAUAUAGCUCGAGUAAUUAUUUAUUUAUAGUUAUUAUUAGGUUAACAAAAAAAUACUACAAUUAUAAAUAAUUAUUAGUUUUUAAUUAACUAUAAGCUACUAUUGACAGAUGUUGACAAAUUUCGUAACUGAUGGAUGUAAAAUUUAUCAUAAUUUUAACUUAUAUUCAAGAUUAUUAAAAAUGCAAAAUAUGAUAUUUGAAUAUCACAAACAUCAAUCACAGAACACUAUUGUUAUUAAGUUAUGAUAUCUUUAGGAUUUAAAUUACUAUAUAUUUCCUAUAAAAAUGGAAAUAUGUUAGGCAAAAUUGUAGUAAAGAAAAAACUUUGAAAAAUUUUGAGAGAAAAGGUCAGAAUUAAAAUCAUUAAUGAAAUCAAAUAAUAUUGUAGAAUUUAGUUUCUAUUAAGUAGACACAAAAUAUGGUAAUGCAGUAAUAUUUACGGUUGUAACAAAUUCGAUGCGUUUUCUUAUACUAUUUCACAUGCAGAAUAUUUAAAACACAUUAUUUUAUAAAAAUAAUUAGUGUAUUCACCUUGUAUUUUUAACGAACAAUUUACAAGGAUAUAAUUUACUCAAUAUAAUUGAUUCCAAAAGAACAUUCUUAUCUUUCCGUACUAUGUACAAGUACAUACAUACAAAUAGUACAAAAAAAAUUGAUUAGCCGAUAAAGAUAUUUAGAAAUUAUACUCGUCGAAAUUGAGCUGCAUACGUGCCAAACAUAAUAUCGAACAAAUAUUGAACAUAAAUAAAGUGCCACAAAUCUUCAUAAUCCAGUCAAUAGUUGUCUAGUCUAAUUUGUACUUUGAAAAUAUAAUAAAAACAUUUUAUAAUAAUCUA